AGGGUAAUUUUUCAGAAUUAAAAGCUACCUGUGAUGUCAAUGCUACAGAAGGAUUUCAUGAUUCCAAGUGUGGCCUGUGUGUCGCAGGAAGACCAGGAAAACAUGACACUGAAAGUCACGUUGCUAAGUAGUGAGUGGAAAUCAUCAACUAAUGGGGACUUGUCAACUAUCAACCGAGAGCUGGCGAUCCAGUUAGCUAAACACCAUAAUGUGGAUGUUAGUGUCUUGCUUCCAAAUUGCAGUGAAGUGGACAGGAGCAGUGCAGAAAGUCACAAAGUGAAGCUCAUCAAAGCAGAUAGAGUUCCUGGUUAUGACCCAGUUCUUUGCCUGUCAUUUCCUCCAAGAGACCAUACAAUGGACUGUGUCAUUGGUCAUGGAGUUCACCUUGGCCGACCAAUUGCUUCCAUCAAGAGAAAUCCAAAUUACAGUCAUUGCAAAUGGAUUCAAGUUGUUCACUCUGCUCCUGAAGAAGAUGGAAUGUACAGAAACAUUUCAGAAGGUGAACAAAUGCAAGUAACAGAAAUCCAACUCUGUAAAAUGGCUGAUCAAGUUAUCACAAUUGGACCCAAGUUGGCAGAAGCUUACAAGCGUUACCUUCGUCCAGUUAAACAGGAAGAAAAAGUUUUUGACCUUACUCCAAGCAUUUUCUCUGAAUUUUUGGCUGUAAAGCAAGCCACUGAAGAAAGAAGAACAUUCUGUAUUCUUGUAAUUGGAAGUGGUGACAACUGUGGAGAUUUCAAUGUCAAAGGGUACGACAUAGCUGCCAAAGCAAUUGCUGAGUUGAAAGAUGAAUCUUACAAACUCAAGUUUGUCUGUGCAGCUGGAGGAAAAGCAGAUAUUGUGGCAGAAAAGUUGCUCCAUAAUGGCAUUAGUCAUAAUCAGCUUAUUGUUUGCAGCUAUGAUGAUAACAGAGAAGUGCUGGCAAACUUAUUCUGUGAAAUGGAUCUUGCAAUAAUGCCAUCCAGGACAGAAGGUUUUGGAAUAACAGCUCUGGAAGCGUUAUCUGCUGGUCUGCCUGUACUUGUCAGUGGUAAUUCAGGACUCGGAGAAGCUCUGAAGAAAGUCACUUUAGGCUCACAGAGUGUGGUAGACUCUGAAGAUCCUAAAGACUGGGCCAAAGAAAUCAAGCGUGUCCGUCAGAAAGAGAGAGAUGUGCGACUUUCAGAGUCAAGAUUUCUACGUGAAAAGUACUUGGAGAAGUACAGCUGGGAGGAGCCUUGUAAGAGUCUUGUGAUAAAGAUGAAGAACCUUGUCUUUGCUCUGCACAGCUCUCUAGACUGUGAAGAAACAGAGUGGAAUAAACAAGGAGAGUCUAUACCAGAAAAAGCUCCAAAUGUUUCUUUAAAGAGAAAAAAAACCGAUGGGAAUGAACAAACAAAGUAUUUCCGAAAAGAGGCUCCAAACACCUCUGUAAGGAGUAAAACAACUGAUGGGAAUGAACAAACAAAGUCUGUUCAAGAAAGUGGUGGUCAGGUGGCAGAUAUCCCUACGGUUAAAGAUGGUGAACCAACAGAUUGCGAGUUAGAAUAUCUGUCUCUGGAACUUGCAGAAAAAUGGGAGGCAUUAGGAAGACGCCUGGAAUUCAACCAAGCUGCAAUAACUCGCUUUGAUAAAGCCAAUGAGGGGCUAGAAGCGAAGGCUUUUAAAAUGUUACUGGCUUGGAAACAAGGACAAGGCAGCAAAGCCACUUACACAGUUUUGUACAAUGCCUUGUGUCACAAAUUGGUGAAAUGUAAACGUCUAGCAGAACAGUUUUGUUGCGAGAGAUUGUAGGCAAUACCUCUCCUUAGUCUUAUAUUAUAAAGAAUGAUUAGUUUCUCUUAUCUAUUACGUCAUUUGUCUUUGUUAGUGCUCCAAAAAGUGUCUGUAUCGAGCAUUCGCGUUCAAUGAGUCGUUCCUUUUGCGCUCGAAGAUAAGAUAGAUUAGCUUUAGAGAAUAGAUAUUUACGCGUAUUUUUGCACCCAAGGACCGCAGGCUAAAGAACAUUGAUGUCGGGAUUCGCUCUGUUACGGGAAAAUUUACUGAUUCUUCCGUGUGUUUAUUUGGGACAUCUUUAUUCGUAAACUUUCCAUAUUUCAUUCAGUUCUUUCAUUCCAGUAAGUCAAAAAAAUUAUAAAAAACCAUGGUAGUUUUUAAGUAGUAAACUGAAAGAUUUUUGCUUUGUUGCUUGCUGUCAUUGUACGUCUGCAUGUCGGUACUUUUGUUCACCAUUACUAGUGAAAUUUUUAGGUAAAUAUAAGUGUUAAUGGUCUUUCUGGAAAAUUGGUUCUCAUGGUAGUCGGCAGCUGAGUUUGUGCUCACAAUUUAAUUUCCUCUCAUACGAUAGUUCCCACACUGACCUUGCAUAGAUACGCAGAAAUUUUUAAUGGCUUUUCCACUUUUAUUUCCUAAGCUGCUCUAUUGUAGCUAAGAUAGAUAUAUUUUUAAUAUCAGAGCUGUGAAUUCUCACCCAAGUUUCUUGUUUUAAAUGGCCUCGAGUUUAUUGUAUCCGCUUUCUUGACUUUGAAAUUCUUCCGUCGUAGAAACAGAUGGGAAUAUUUAAGUAGUUUUGGUUCAACUUUAAAGAGACCUUUUCCGCUUCUUUUGUUAUACUGUUCAAAUAUGGUAGAUUUAGAAAACAAUGGAACCUCACACCAGUUCAUAUUUAAGUAAGUACUUUGUAAGGCUUUUUCGAUUACAUAGACGACUGCGUGCCGAUUACAAGUUCAGCUUUGACUCUGGCAUGAUGUAUGUUAGAGUGCCGUACGAAUAAAAGUCUACUGUGGAACCAAAAUGCUGUCUUAUCCUUCACGUUCGUAAAAGCUCAUUUGAAGUAGAUCGCCGUGUGCCAGGAAAUCGUGACGAGUUUUCGUUCUCGCAAGCCGAGUGGUCUCUACCGAUUUAUUUUCCCCAUUAUUGUACGUUUCCCGCGAAGUCCAGUUUAGCGAGCGAAAACCUUUCGUCACAGCUCGAAUGUCCAGAGCAUGUGAAGCACAUUACCACCCUGAAGCAUCUCAUUUAAUACCUCACAGAUUGAAAUUAGAGUGCAUUUUCUCCUUAUUGUUCUCUGUGCGUUUCCUAAGGAACAGACAUGGAGAAUUGGUUUAACAGUCAAGAGCUUCUUAAGUUAGUGAUCAGUUACUAUAUUCGCGUUUUCUUAAAUUUUCAUUAAGGUUUGCACUGU